CUGGGUGCCGCUGCUGCUGGCGCUCCUCCACGAGCUGCAGGCCCCGGCCUCACCCUGGAGCCCCUACUUUGCGCUCUGGCCCGAGCUGGGCCGCUUGGAGCACCCGAUGUUCUGGCCGGAGGGGGAGCGCCGGCGGUUGCUGCAGGGGACAGGGGUCCCCGAGGCCGUGGAAAAGGAUUUGGCCAACAUCCGCAGCGAGUACCAUUCCGUCGUGCUGCCCUUCAUGGAAGCCCACCCCGACCUUUUCAGCCCCAGGGUUCGCUCCCUGGAACUCUACCAGCAGCUCGUGGCUCUCGUGAUGGCCUAUAGCUUUCAGGAACCCCUGGAGGAAGAGGAGGAUGAAAAGGAGCCAAACCCCCCUUUGAUGGUGCCUGCCGCAGACAUACUAAACCACGUAGCCAAUCACAAUGCCAAUCUAGAAUACUCUCCAAACUGUCUUCGGAUGGUGGCUACUCAGCCUAUUCCCAAAGGCCAUGAGAUUUUCAACACUUACGGGCAAAUGGCUAAUUGGCAGCUGAUUCACAUGUAUGGCUUUGCUGAGCCAUACCCUGACAACACAGAUGACACAGCUGACAUUCAGAUGGUGACAGUGCGAGAGGCAGCAUUACAGGGAGCAAAAGAUGAAGCCGAAAGGCUCCAGCUGUGCGAACGCUGGGAUUACUUAUGCGAACUAGAGAUGGUAGGGGAGGAGGGAGCCUUUGUGAUUGGGCGGGAAGAGGUGCUGACUGAAGAGGAACUGACCACCACACUCAAGGUCCUGUGCAUGUCUGCUGAGGAGUUCAGAGUUUUAAAAGAACAGGAUGGAUGGGGAGAUAAAAGGGAAGAGGACAGCCUGGCGAUCACAAAUAUCCCCAGGCUCAAAGAAUCAUGGAGACAGCUUCUUCGGGACAGUGUUCUGUUGACCCUGCAAGCCUAUGCCACAGACUUAAAAGCUGAGCAAGAUUUACUCGGUAAUAAGGACGCCUACAGCAAACUCAGCUGGAGGGAGCAGCAGGCCUUACAGGUUCGUUAUGGGCAGAAGAUGAUCUUACACCAGCUGUUGGAACUGACAGGUUAAAGCUAAGCGGAUUCCCUGCUGCCUGAAGGAACAUCCCAUGAGAAGGACUUUUCUAAGCUGAUAUUCAUUGAUGCUUGAAAAGGAGGAAAAUUUGGAUCUUUCCUUUUGGUGGUUAAUAAGAAAAGCCAAAGGAGCAAAGGUGUGCUAGGAUGAACUCUGAGGUAAGGGGACAUGUUUAAGGGUUGGGAACAGCAGACUUGGGAAUCUCUAAUUGUCACCAAGACCAAUCCCCCCCCCCUUUUUUUUAACUUUUUAAGACCAAAACACUUUAUAGCUGUUUUGUUCUUAGUUUGGACCAAAGUUAGCAGAAAUUUGAUUGUGAUAAUAAAAGGUCUUGUAGUCUAGUGUAGUGUUUAA